AUGUUCUUUUAUUUAGUAGGGAUAGUUAUAUUUCUGUGCAUUAUUCACAUUUGGUUUAAUUACAAUGAAAAAGCUCGAAUGAUCAGAAAAAUACCCGGGCCCAGGGAAGAUUUUAUCGUUUGCAAUGGAUGGACUGUCAUUCGUUCGCCAGUUGAGACAAUGAAAAUUGGAAGAGAAUAUACCAGCCAAUUUGACGGAAUCUUUAGAGUAUGGAUUUACCCUUAUGGUGCGAUUUUUAUUUAUAACCCCGAGGACAUUGAGAUUAUUAUGUCUGGAAUGAAGUACGGCGAGAAAAGUUUUAUCUACAAUUUCUUGAAACCCUGGUUACGAGACGGAUUACUUGUCAGUAACGGAGAUAAAUGGCAGACACGCAGGAAGAUUCUGACUCCAGCUUUUCAUUUCAACAUACUGAAGCAGUUCUGUGAGAUAUUAGAUGAGAACAGCGAACGGUUCCUAGAAGUGCUGCAGCAGAAUGCGGGGAAGCCUAUCGAUGUGGUGCCUGUGCUCUCAGAGUUUACCCUCAACUCUAUUUGUGAAACUGCAAUGGGCACUCAAUUAAGUGACGAUAACAGUGCUGCUAGAUCGUAUAAAAAAGCAAUUUACGACAUCGGAUCUGUAUUCUUCGACAGAUUUGUCAGAAUAUAUUUGUACCCAGACUUCUUAUUUAAUCUUUCACCCUUGGGAAGAAAGCAAAAUAAACAUUUGAAAGUUGUGCACAGCUUUACUGAGAAUGUGAUAGAGCAAAGGAGGGAAUACAUCGAGAAGAAUAAAUUAAUAAUUGAGGCCGACGACGAUGACUCGUAUGUUUACAAGAAAAAGAAGAAAACUGCAAUGUUAGACUUACUUCUGUCCGCUCAGAAGGAAGGACAUAUUGAUAAGAUUGGUGUGCAAGAAGAAGUGGACACUUUUAUGUUUGAGGGCCAUGACACUACCGCCAGCGGUCUGACAUUUUGUUUUAUGUUGCUCGCUAAUCACAAGAAAAUUCAGGAUAAAAUUAUUGAAGAGCUAGAUGAGAUAUUUGGAGACACAGACCGGCCCAUUAAGAUGGACGAUUUAGCAAAGAUGAAGUAUUUAGAAUGUUGCAUCAAAGAGUCGCUGCGACUUUAUCCGCCAGUGCACUUCAUAAGCCGCAAUUUGAAUGAAGACACAGUUCUUAGUAACUACAAGAUACCAGCAGGUUCAUUUUGUCACAUCCUGAUCUUGGAUCUGCAUUAUAGAUCUGACUUAUUCAAGAAUCCAAAAGUGUUUGACCCUGAUAGGUUCCUACCUGAGAACAGUAUUGGCAGACAUCCAUACGCAUACAUUCCCUUCAGUGCUGGACCUAGAAACUGUAUAGGUCAAAAGUUUGCGAUGAUGGAGAUGAAGAUAGCAGUUGCAAGAGUCCUGAGGAAGUUCCACCUCUCACCAGUCACGCGUCCCUCCGACAUUACAUUCACUGCUGACUUAGUACUCAGGAAUGAUGGUCCAGUGCUCGUCAAUUUUGUCAAACGAGAAUGA